AUGAAAAGACCAAUAAACAUUCUUACUUUCACUCAAAAGGAAGAACCAUUAAGUUUAAGUGAAAUAACACCUAUAGCAUCAAUAAGUAAAGAGCUAGAUCUUCAAUCCCCAUACACAGAAAUUGAACGUAAUUAAUAUUCCAGAAGCUGACUUCCAAGCCCUUACUUUUGAAGAGCGCAAAAAGUAUUCUGAAGCAGCCAUGAUCUGGCUCCGCAGCCUAUUUUCAAAAAGAAAACUUCUAAAAUCCCACCCCUCAACUGUAACUUUUACCUAGAUUCUUGACCAAACCAAUCAAUUCGCCAACACUUUAUGCAAUUGAAUAGUCUACAGUCUGCGCCGAGACAAGCGUACCCAAGCCUUUGGAUUAAUCGGAGUCUUAGACAAGCUGAUUGACCCCAAAUCUAAGCUGAAAUUCAAAGACCGUAACGCAUUAAGAGCUCGUCUUCAAAUUUAGUAAGAAAUAUCUAGCAAUUGCGCUUAUUAUUUAAAAGAAAAGAAAAACGUCCAAGCUAUAGAAUAGAUUAAUUCUAGUGGGUCACUGGGCUUAUUUCAGCAUAUACCUUGACGAGUUAGCUCCCGCUUAGGUGGCUUUAGACAUUAACUCCAUUUAACGCCCUUUCUGUCGAUAUCACAAAAAUAGUGACAUCAGACAAUUUUUAGGGGUGAUUUGCCCUUUCAGGUCUUGAUCCUGGCACAGCGAUUAACCAACAACAAAAAAAACACCCUGAGACUAUCACCAAUGCUGUUCACUUUCCUCAGGCCUGGAGAAAUUCAGAGAGCAUCGAGGACCUAACUCCGCUAGCUAUUUUACUAAUUAUCCAGGCUAUAGAAGCCUGCGAAAAAGCUAUAGAACUGACUGAAAAAAUCAAUGCUUCCCAAGACUUGGUUUUAGCGCUUUCUAUUUGCGGUUAUACAUGUUGUGUAUGUGAAGACCAUAAAAGAGCUUUGGAUAUGCAUCAAAGAGCCUUGGAAUUAUUGUCAAAUAAGUUUAGGGUGGAAAGUGACAAGGUUAAUGUUUUUAUUGCUGUUUGUUUAUAUAAUUCAGCUAUUGAAUGUGUGCAUAUGAAUGUGAUGGAGGAAGCUCAGAAUUAUGUGGCGCAGGCUUACAACGUGGCACAGGCUCAUUUAAAAGGGCUGCCGCUCGUGCAUACAAAGGUCCUUUGGCUGUAUAAAGAGCUUAAAGAUACACAAAAAUCUGAUGUUUUGCCGAAAAUAGACAAACAGCCAAGCUUCCUCGGAGCUUCUGAUUCAAAAGUAUCUAAAGCUCUUAAAGAUACCAUAAAAUCUUCUCCAUCCAAGUCUCAAGUCCCUGCUCCUCAUUCUUUGUUUAAAAUAAUCCGCUCAAGUGCUCAGGAUAUCAAAAUCUCCAGACCUAGUACUUCAGGGACUGGCGAAAAAAGAAUAGGAAGAGAUUUAUUGAUUUCUGAAGUCAAAAAACCAAGACCUAUAAGUGCAAACAAACACGAUCUAAUUGAUAUAGAAAAAUCCCCUCCUAUUGGUGUAAAUGAUAAACCUCAAAUUUUAUCAUUAAAAGAAAAAAUUAGAAUAAGAUCAAAAAAAGAAAAAACAAGGACAAGAAUUGAGUCAGUCAAAAAAAUUGUGACUGAAAGCGAUUUCAUAGUAAAAGCAAGAAUUCAAGCUGCGAGGAAAAUUCAAAGAAAAUGAAGGGAAUUUUAUAAAAGCAGAAACCUGAAAAUAAUAAAAAUCCAAAAAUGGUAUAAAGGGUUGAAAUGUGUAAAAAAAAUCAAACAAAUAAAAAAUUCCAUAAUAAUGAUACAGGCAGUAGUUAGAAGAAGAGAGGCAUAUAUUAGGAUGCAAGAAUUGGCUGCAGGACAUUUAGAAAAUAAGCAUCAAGCUGUAGCUAAAAUUCAAAAAUGUUAUAGAGGACGUAGAAAUUAUCGGCAGUAUAAACAGUUGAAGAAUGCUGUAUUGCUGCUACAAGCGAUAUUCAAAAGAAAAGAUGCAAUAAUGAAAGUCCAAGAAAUGAGAGAAAAUUACUAUAAUGACAAAAAUUUGAAAAUUUUGAAUAUUCAAAGAUGCUACCGAGGACAUAAAGGCCGACAAAAUUAUAGAGAAUUGAGAAAUUCCAUCAUAAUGAUUCAAGCAUUUUUCAGGAGAAACCAAGCCUGGCAAACAAUUCAAGAGUUAAAAAAAGAAAUUUGCAAAUAUGAUGACCAAAAAGUCUUAAAAAUUCAGACACAUUAUAGGGGAUAUAAAGAACGAAAAAAUGUCAAAGCACUCAAAGAUUUUAUUUUAUUACUUCAGUCGGCAUUUAGAAGGAAAGAAGCAAUAAUUAAAGUAAUGAAUAUGAAAAAUGAGCAUUAUAGCAGCCACAAUGAAAAUGUAAUAAAAAUUCAAAAAUCCUAUAGAGGCUGUAUUGCUAGAAAAAAUUAUAAAAAAUUAACAAACAGUAUUGUGGCUAUCCAAUCUCUACUUAAAAGAAAGGAAGCCUACAAUAUAGUCAAAGCAAUGAAACAGAAAAUUGUCCUCGCUCAAAGCUGCAUAAAAACUGGUUUAGCUAAAAUGAAAUAUCAAAAAGCCACAGCUGGGAUUAUAAAAAUCCAAAGUAAUUGGAGGAGGUUCAUGGCGAUCAAAGCAGUUUCAUUAAAAGAAAAUUCAAUAAAUAAAGUAAAAGCAUUUUUACUUGGUAUUUUAACUAGAAAAAGGAUGAUAAAGAAAAAUUACUCAGCCACAAAAAUUCAAAGCUGGUAUAAAUCUUUAUUAGUUCAAAGGGCUAUGAAUCUUCCUCAAAGGCAUGUAAAGAAGUUUAUUUUAAAACUUAUCAUAGGAAUUUGUAAAGAAUUGAAAAAUGACGCAAAAGAAAUAUCAAUAAUUAAACACAAGGAAAAAGAAAUAGCAGCUAUUAGGAUUCAAAGCCUAUGGAGAAAAUGUAUGGGAAAAGCAAGAAAGGAACUGGUUCAAAAAUCUAUGGGUAGGAUUAAAGGAUUUUUAUUAGGAAUAAUAACAAGAAAGAGGCUUCAAAAGAGAAUGAACUCUGCUGUGAAAAUUCAGAGCUGGAUUAAAGGAGUUCUUUGCAGGAAAAAUGGACAGAGAUUUAAAAUUCCUAUGAAAUCCUCUUAA